CCUCUGGUGUCAUGUAUCCACAAGGAUUGUUGGUCGCUGUGAGAGUUGUUCGCUGAUCUCCCAGCGCUAAUUAGGGGGCCCGGGGAAGCUCCAGUCCCUGGGAUAAUGGAGUCACUGCGUAUUAUAUGAGAUCCCCGCAUUAGGAUCGCGGCAGCAGAAGGAGAUCGCUCUUCCGCCGGCUGUCCUGCGGGAGAAGACUGUGCCAAGGCCAGACAGGAGGGGGUUGUUGCGGAACAGACAUGGAGGGGAUCUCAGCCCUGGAAAAGAAUGUGGCCGAGCUGACAGUUAUGGAUGUCUAUGACAUCGCCUCUGCAGUGGGACAGGAGUUCGAGAGGGUCAUUGACCAAUAUGGCUGCGAAGUUAUCGGCAGACUCAUGCCUAAAGUGGUCCGGGUGCUGGAAAUUCUGGAGGUUCUGGUCAGUAGGAACCACAUCAACCCAGAGAUGGAAGAGCUGAGACUGGAACUGGACAGACUGAGGCUGGAACGAAUGGACAGGAUAGAAAAGGAAAAGAAGCACCUGAAGGAGCUUGAGCUGGUGGAAGAUGUGUGGAGAGGGGAAGCACAGGAUCUCCUGAAUCAGAUAUCUCAGCUUCAGGAAGAAAACAAGCAGCUUUUAACUAACCUGUCCCACAAGGAUGUCAAUCUCACCGAGGAGGAGUUUCAGAAACAUGAAGGAAUGUCUGAGAGGGAAAGACAAGUUAUGAAGAAGUUAAAGGAGGUGGUAGACAAGCAAAGGGAUGAAAUAAGGGCUAGAGACCGUGAACUAGUGCUUAAAAAUGAGGAUGUAGAAGCCUUACAGCAGCAGCAAAGCCGCCUAAUAAAAAUUAAUCAUGAUUUGCGGCAUCGUGUCACUGUGGUAGAAGCUCAGGGUAAGGCUCUGAUUGAACAAAAGGUGGAACUGGAAGCGUAUUUGCAAACAAAGGAACAGGAAGCAGCCAGCAUGAGAAUAGAGAUUGGUAAACUGAGGGACAAACUGAAAGGAGAGCAUCAUACAAAUGGAGAGGAGAUAAAGACAGAAACUCUAAAUGAAGAGUGUAUCUUUGAAACAGAAAAAUUUUCUCUGGAUCUUAAAGAUUCCAACCGGCCCAGAUUUACCUUACAAGAGCUGAGAGAUGUCUUACAUGAGAGAAAUGAGCUUAAAGCCAAAGUCUUUAUGCUGCAAGAAGAACUUGCUUAUUAUAAAAGCGAAGAAGCAGAGGAAGAAAACAAACUGCCACAAUCUUUGCCUGUGAUUAAUUCUAAAGCACCCAUCCCUCAGGAGUCUGGCAUCAAACGACUGAUAUUUACAGCAAUAAUGCCUAUGGUAGCAGCUGGGUUGAUUCCAGACGAUCCCACUUUGCAGCCUAUCAGAAGGCUUAUCUCUAUUGUUUAGUUUUUUCUCAAGAGAUAAAAAGCGCAUGCCGAUGAUGCAGAAGAAUGUCCACUUCCAGGAAUCCUUUGGAGAAUGGACAAAUUAUAACAGGGAUGACGUUUAUACAGAACAAGGACAAGAAGCAUUACAGCACAUGUGACAUAUUUUGCUGAGCCUGAUAAACACAUUUCACAAUGGGACAAUAACGAAUCCACUAGGUCACCAGGUUUUUUUGUCAGUGAAAAUAAGUGAAAUUAAAAAAAAAAUUACCACAGAAACAAAGCUGCUUGUAAUCAUACCUGCGAGAGGUAAUCAGGUUCUUAAGUAAUCCAUGUCUUUCAGAAAAACAAAGCAAUAGAAAACAAGCUCCAUUUGUAGGAUUUUGUUUUAACUCUUAAAAAUUCUAACAAAAAAACAAAAAACAGGCCACCUGCUUAUAAUUAUGUUAAAAAAUAAAAUCCAGCGGUUGGAUGAAAUCAGGAUCUCCCAGUUUGGCUUUUAUGAGACUAAACAACUUGCAUGAUUUUAAGAUGUCCAUACAAUACAGUCGUGGCCAUCAAAGACUUGUGCUGGUCUGCAAAGAGAAUGCAUUUGCUCAUCUUUGGCUCUUUAAGAAAAGUGUUUAAAAUGGAUCAGUUUUCUGUAACUAAAAAAGUUAACACGAGCAAUCGCAGUCUAAGGGGCCGAUUCACUAAGGGUUGAAUAUCGAGGGUUAAUUAACCCUCGAUAUUCGACUAGGAACUAAAAUCCUUCGACUUUGAAUAUUGAAGUCAAAGGAUUUAGCGCAGAUAAUUCGAUCGAAGGAUAAUUCCUUUGAUCGAACGAUUAAAUCCUUUGAAUCGAACGAUUCAAAGGAUUUAAAUCCAACGAUCGAAGGAAUAUCCUUCAAUCAAAAAAAGUUAGCCAAGCCUAUGUUAAAGUUGCCCUUAAUGAUAUGUUAAUAUGUUGUUAAUAUAUUCAACAGGGUUUUCCAACUGAAGGCCCUCCAAAGGAUAUUUAAAACUCCAUAGACUUCACUGUAUGACAUCAUAAUUUUAAAGGAAAACUAUACCCCCCCAAACAAUGUAGGUCUCUAUAAAAAUAUAUUACAUAAAGCAGCUCAUGUGUAAAACCCUGCAUCAUGUCAAUAAACCAUUUUCAUAAUAAUAAUAUACUUUUUUAGUAGCAUGUGCCAUUGGAUUGCCCUGAGUUCCAGCAGCCAGAAGGUGGCAACCCUAUAUACAGGAUACCUGCAAAGUUUAAAACCCUUAAGAAUUAAAUAUGGGAAUAUGGGGCUACAUUUUUAUACUACCUAUAAUGAAUAUGGUACAGAUUACUUUUAAAAAUGGAGAUUAUUUUUUAUACAUUAUGUCAGUCUUAGAGUAUAAUUGAUCAUUCACACAGAGACCUUGUGACAGCCAAAAUACACAAUGAUUCCUCAAUUGGUUGUCCCUAGAGUGGUACAGAAAGCUAUACAAUUGAGGCCUAUGACACAUGUAAUACAUCUCCUCUGGCAUAUUUCAGAUGAUAAAGAAAUGCUACAUUUUUCAAACCAAAAAUACACAUUUUUGGGCUGAUGGUGAAAGGCAGCACAGGGUUGUAUUGUGGGUUAAUCCACCAAGUAAAAUACGCCAGAGGACAAAAGAUAUGAGUGCCAUUAUCCUAACAAGAGAAGUAUUGCUAGUAUGGCUAGUACAAGGUCAACUCACCCCUUUACUGGUUCCCAAAUUGUGAACGCCUGCAGUCCAAAUCUGUCUAUGUUGUGGUAAAGCUUGAAGGCCAGUUAGGGAGAUAUUUUGGAUAAAUAUAUAUUUGCCCCCCACCCUCUUACCACACCAUACAUGCCAUGCCUGGUAAUAAAAGGCAGUGGGGUUGGCGUCCACUAUAUUUGGCCAUGUGACUAAAACCAAUACUGUUCUACUUUUGUGUGGAAACAAUAUAUUUUGUCCUCUUUAUUUUUUCAGUCUACCCUCAAAUCUGCUGCCUGGUUACCAGGUUAAGUGGAACCCUAACAACCAGAUAAGUUUAUAUUUCAAAUGAAGAGUUAAUGUAAUAAAAUGUUCACAGGGUCUAGUUGCCCUUAGCAACUAACUACUGGUUAGCAUUUACUGGUCACCUGUUUGAAAGCCAACAUCUAAUUUCUAGGUUAUUAGAACUGAUGCAAACUUUGAGACUUCAUUACUAAGGAUGCACAAAUCGUCAUUUUUUUCAGAAUCCUGAAUCUUCUAUGCAGAAUUCAGCUAAUUCCCAAAUUGAAUUGAACCUAAUUUGAAUAUAAAAAUGGGCAUUAGGAUUGAUAUUUAAAAAUGCUUACAUGUUUUGUGCAGUAAAUAUUCUAUGGCAGAGUUUUUCUAAGGGUUUGGAUUUGGUUUGGCUAGGCACGUUGAUGAAUCUGAAUCAUCCGAAUCCUGGAUUUGGUGCAUCCCAUAUAAGGAUCUAUGUUGGAUGCAUCGAAUGCUAUAUUUUGGGAUUCACCAGAAUCCCAAAUUAAAUGGUUGUUCUGCAGAGAGUAGACGUGCGUAAAAAUGAUGUUAAUAUUUCUUGGUCAGUUAAAUUAUAUUUGAAUAAAGGCUUAUUGUUCUAUCUAAUGAAAGCACACUAGCUGGAUGUCUGAAAAGGUCAGGAGAGGCAAUGGUGGUGACAGUUUCAGAGACUUUCUUACUGGUUCGUAUGUUCUUAACAUUCUGUUAAAUAAGGGCAUCCACAUUUAUAUUUGUGUGCAUUCCAGUUUGCUGAUCUGAAAAUUACAAUAUUUCAUGACUAAAGGAGCAGAGAUGGUUUAGACAUUUGUUCUGAAUUGAAGUCCCUGCUGCUCAUGAGUGAUGAGCGGAGGUAGGUCUCUGACCCAUAUAAUCCAGUUUUUGAUUAGUUACAUUAAAAAUGACUGAAUCAGUGAGCGUCUCAGUUUGUAGCCAGCAUUGCUGAUCCAAAGCUAAUCCUGGUACCUUUGGUUGUAUCAAACCAAAAAUAGGCAGUUUACCAGCAAGGGGCAGAAAUGAACAAUGCACAUAGGCAGCAAGGGCAGUUUGGUAUACAUAUUAUGAUGGGCAUGAGUAAGGAAAGAAAGAAAAAGGAGAGCAAUGCUGGAUGGGUGAAGCCACAGUGGGUAUAUAUUAAGUAAACAGUAUUUCAGAAAAACAAUAGAGUUCAUUGAGCCAUUGAGAUCUUUUUUUGUAAAUCAGAAGGCGGGGUCAGACAACGAGAUUUUUAUGUCAAUUUAACCAUAAAUAAAUCUUCCAAAAGUGUGCAGGAGCGUACACUUAUUGCCUCAGGAAAGCUGCACCCAAACGAGUACAAAGUACAGCUCAGACACCUUGGAUAUGCAACUUUUCUUUCUUUAGCUGGGAACACACAUGGCCUGUUCUGAAAAUAAAAGAGAGCAAUGACUGCAGAGCAACCCCUGCUGAUGCAGCCUGUCACAGUGAGCCAACGUGUGAUGCCAAGUGGCCUCCACAUAGUCACUGCAGCUGAAUGCGGAGUACUUUCUUCCUGGUGUUGUGAAAUCGAAAUAAGAUAUCAUCAUACAGUUCAACUUAGCUACCAGUGUGGCCCUUGACACAGUUCUACACUCCCAUCCUUCUGAAUCUGGUACAUUUUCUAGCCCCUACAUUGCACACUCCCAACUUAUAGCUUUGCCAGCAACUAAUGUAUUAAAUCAUAACAGCUUCUCUUUAGCAGACCUAAGUAAUGUGUAAGAGCAACUUGGAGCUGCUAUUGUUGAAAGUAAACACACAGCACUGAAUCAAUGACAAAGGUACCUGGAAAUGUAUAAUGGAAAUGUAUUAUUUUACUGCAAAAGGAACUUGAGUUGUAAGGCAUUAUGACAGAGAAAAUAAUUGAAAGUACUAAUUCUGGUUAUUCAACUUUGAUGUUAGAGAACGAACACUCCAACCUUCCUCUAACAGCUACCAGUAGUUCAACAGGUUUACUAAACCUGUCACAGGGCCAAUAGUUGCAGGAUGUGUUGUUUUUUCUUUAGGUAAUAGGUCUUCCAUGUGCUUGGUAAGACUUUGAGGCCCAAAGGAAAGUGCAGAUAGUCAAAACUAUUAUGUAUUAAAGGAAUUUCCAGGGAAGAAACCGGUCUAAAAAUGAGUCCAGCAACUAGAAUGGAGCAGAGCAAUUACAGAAAGUACAUAUUCUAUUUUCUCAUUUAACUUCUUCAGUCUAGAGGGUCUCACGGUUAAUUUUAGGGACCCUGUAAUAAUUCGGAUCUGGAUUCUAUUUUUUUCAUUAUGCACCUUAAAGUAAGCACUGAAUGUACAGGAGCCCUGUUCUAAGUGCCUGGUGCAUGCAAAUAUGCAAGGUGCCUUUUUUUUGCCAUAUUGAUAUUCAAGUUUAAAAAAAAUGUAUUCUGCAUUAAAACAAUAAACUUUUAUUAACUGCCA